UCAGAAAUGGGAUGUCGAUCAUGAAUGAAACUCCAGCUCCAUAUUUUGUUGAUUAUCCACGUAGUCGUGAUUCUGAGGCCAUAAAUCUAGCUUCCAAUUCCGUUCAACGCUUUUCCUCUCUCCCUUUCAUGCACUUUUCUUCACUUCCAUUUCCAUAACCAUUCUUCUCCAACACCCAAACCUGGAACGAACAACCAUCAUAAUUCAUCACCAUUAUUAUUCAUGUUCCAAUUCAAUAAUGCUAUUGCAACAAUCUUCCACUGUGCAUCAUCUCACUCUAGAUGAUUCUUCAACAAUCUUCUUCCACCUUCCACUUCCAAUUCUCUCACAUUUUCUGCCCCUGCAACAACACCACCAUCACUCAUGAAGUAGUGAACGCUUUCGCCGCAUUCCCAAUCUCCAGAAGGAGAAGAAACCGCUUCAUUUCAAUUUCAAAUUCUGGGUAUCGCAGCAAAUUCCGAAGAAAACCAACCCUCACCUUCUGUGCCCUUUCCAACCGGAAUUUGAACGCCGAAUUCGCGAGAAGGGUCGUUCUGAACCGGAUUCCCAAUGAAUUUGAAGGUGAACGCGGUGAUGAUACCAGCGAGGAGUUGCAGGAAUCGCCAGUUCAAUUGGGUUCCAAUUUCACUACUAGAUUCCAAGAAGACCCGCUUGUGGAUAAGCUCAGAACUCAAUUGGGGGUGAUUCACCCGAUUCCAUCGCCUCCGAUUAACCGCAACGUGGUUGGUUUGUUUGUGUUCUUUUUCUUUGUUGGGGUUGUGUUUGAUAAGCUCUGGACUUCAAGGAGGAACAAGGUUAACAGUGAGGAUAGUUUGCGUGGUGUGUGGCCUCAGGUGCCUACUAGCUUCUCUUUGUUUUUGGAGAAGGAUUUGCAGAGGAAGGAGUCUGUGGAAUGGGUCAACAUGGUGCUGGGGAAGCUCUGGAAGGUUUAUAGAGGUGGGCUUGAGAAUUGGAUCAUUGGGUUGCUUCAGCCUGUUAUUGAUGACUUGAAGAAGCCUGAUUAUGUGGAGAGGGUUGAGAUUAAGCAAUUCUCAUUGGGGGAUGAACCCUUGUCUGUUAGGAAUGUCGAGCGCAGGACUUCUCGCCGGGUGAAUGAUUUGCAGUACCAGAUAGGCCUUAGGUAUACUGGUGGUGCUCGUAUGCUGUUAAUGCUUUCUCUGAAAUUUGGCAUUAUUCCAAUUGUUGUGCCUGUUGGUGUUCGAGAUUUUGACAUUGAUGGAGAACUUUGGGUGAAAUUACGACUAAUACCAACAGCACCUUGGGUUGGAGCUGCUUCAUGGGCUUUUGUUUCCCUUCCAAAGAUCAAGUUUGAACUGUCUCCAUUCCGUUUAUUUAAUCUAAUGGCAAUUCCAGUACUCUCGAUGUUUUUGACCAAACUUCUCACAGUAGACUUGCCUAAACUAUUUGUGCGGCCAAAUAAAAUUGUUUUGGAUUUCCAGAAGGGAAAAGCUGUUGGUCCUGUUCCUAAUAUUAUUAAAUCUGGAGAAAUGCCUGAAGGAAGCAAGGAUUGUGUCGGUGAACUAUCUGUUACUCUUGUUGAUGCUCGAAAGCUUCCUUAUCUCUUCUAUGGCAAGACAGAUCCUUAUGUCAUUCUUAGCCUUGGAGAUCAAAUUAUACGCAGUAAAAAGAACAGUCAAACUACUGUCAUUGGGCCCCCUGGAAUGCCAAUUUGGAAUCAGGAUUUUCAUAUGCUUGUUAGCAACCCUAGAAAGCAGAAGUUGAGUAUCCAAGUAAAGGACGCACUGGGAUUUGCAGACUUGACUAUUGGUACGGGAGAGGUUGAUUUGGGAUCUCUUAAAGACACUGUACCAACAGAUAGAAUUGUAGUUUUACAAGGAGGUUGGGGUUUUUUAGGAAAGGGCUCCUCUGGGGAGAUAUUACUCCGGCUAACAUAUAAAGCAUACGUGGAGGAUGAGGAAGAUGACAAGACUGAGUUGGAUUCCAUUGAUCUUGAUGUGUCAGAUGACGAGUUGUCUGAUUCAGAAGAAGAAAGUCUCAGUAAUAAGAAGGGUGUUAGGGACCCUACAUACGAAGCAGACAAAGAAUCAUUUAUGGAUGUUUUGGCAGCAUUGAUUGUUAGUGAAGAAUUCCAAGGGAUAGUAGCAUCUGAAGCAGGGUUUACCAAAGCUGUGGAUAAUGGCUCAAAUAUAGGGUCCAAACUCUCCAACGUAUCAAAUUCUCCUGUUGUGAAUGCUGAACCAAUUCCUUCCAGUUCUGAUAAUUCCAAAGGUUCUGGAGGGUCAGCCUUAAUAUGGCUUGCUGUGAUUACUGGCAUAGCAUUACUAAUAGCUGUCAACAUUGGGGGUUCAAAUCUCUUCAAUCCAUAGCAUGGUAUUCUGCUGCAAAUAAUCUUGGGCUGGCAGGUUUUGCUGUAGGUUUUAAUCAGAAUAAUUUUUCUUUUAUCCACUAGCAUAGUAUUUGUAUAUCCAUGACUACUGCUGAUGGAGGAAAACAUCUACCGGCGGCACAUGAUUUUUGGCUUUGUGAUGUGAGAGCCCAAAUUUUAUUUCAGCUUAAAAAUGCAUUAAUUGUUUAUAUGCAAAUGCAAGGAUAUUGUUUUCUAUCUGGCAAUAAUAUAAUAGAAGAAUAGAAUUACAGGUGUUUCA